AUGGUGGCCUCCAAGUCGUCGUCCUGGAGCAGCUCAUCGAGGUCGGAAUCGUCAGAGCUCGACGAAUCCGACAGAUCGAAAUCGUCGCCCGAGCUCAUCCUCGAUUCCGACGGAGCGGCGGCGGCGGCGGUGGGGGCGGCAGCCGGAGUUGGGCGAGGAACAGCGGACGGGGUGCGGGGCGGCCGUCGCUACCUCCGGGUUGUGGGGCUCGGGAGAAUUGGGCGGGGCGGCGGCGGCGGAGGUGGGAGGCUGAAUACAGGGCCAACCCCUCACCUGUGGCGCGCUGAAUUUUCACCAAAUUGCAACUGCUUCCGCCAUGGAGCCCCGCUGGAGAAACGUGCGACCACCUCCGCCGCGCCGCCGAGCGUCCGUGGCUGCCGCGCUGCGGUGCUGCGGGUCUUCUCGCGGGCGGGGGCGGGGUCGGGGCGGGAGCGGUCGUGGCGGGCGAGGGCGGUCGUGGCGGGCGAGGGCGGACGUGGCCAAGGCGGUGGCGGGCGGAGGCCGUCGUGGCCAAGGCUGUGGCGGGCGGGGCGGCCGGCCUACGGCUGGUGGCGGCGGGUGCCGUGGUGGGCGGUGGAGACGGGGCCGUGGUGGGCGGGGCGGCCGGCCCAUGGCCGGUGGGCGCGAAAGGCUGUGGUGGGCGGGGGCGACGGGGGCCGUGGCGGGCGUGCGCAGCCGGCGGCGGCGGCGAGGCGGCGGCAGGCGGGGCAGGUUUAG